GAAGCGUCCGGCGGGGUUGUGGAGCAAAGCCCUGGGGUGGCCAAGUCCCCCUUGGGAGGGGCUGGGGCUGUGCUGCCAGCCGGGCUCGCUCUGCUGGCCCAAAGCCGGGGGCAGCGGGGGCUCUCGGGAAGCCAGGGAUGAGGGAAGGAGAACGGGGAGCCUUGGAAGCUCCCAGGCUGCCGCUCUCUGGCUGCUGCCGGGACGGCCCAGGCUCUGGCAAGAGCAUCCACUCUGGCUGCUCGUGCCGCCUCGGCUCCCACAGCCCGGAGCUGGGGGACAAACAGAAUGUGCCUUUUUCCUUCCCCAGAAACAUUCACUUGGCAAUGGAGAUCACGCUCCCAAAAACUGUUGAUCAACCGGAGCAGGAAAACGCCCCCGAGGGCCAGGAAGGGCCAGCCUGCAGCAUCGGGGACCAAGUGGCCCGUGCCCUCACCUCCCUCAUGAGCCGCCUGAGGAACAGCAUCUUUGCCGUGAAAGAGACAGUGCUGCAGCGAGAGCAGCUCUCGAAAAUCCUGCUUGUGGCACUCCUGUUAUUUCUCGCUAUUCUUUUUGGCUGGACCUGGUGCACGUCAGGAACGCGGAGACAGACAGAGGUGCCACCACCGACACAGCAAUUAAUUAUGAGAUCUCUGGCUACCAGCAGAAUUGGAUGUCCAGGGUUUUCCAGAUCUUCCGUGCUGCCCACCGUGGUGAUCCUGAUGUGCAGGGUGAUGAUUCUCCACGAUUCCACGGGCAUGUCCAAGGCCAUCAGGGCCAGGUGAUCAUCACCUUGAGAGGAAAUGGACAGACGCACCUCUCCAUGCACCUUGGCUCUAAAGAUGCUUCUGUGCCUGUGACCAUUGAUGCCUCCUGUGGAGACUGUGGAAGUUGCUGGAGGAAGUGUCGGGCAAGUCUCUGGCCCUGGUGAAAAGACCACAAAGCCCAUGCAGUUCCAAUUCCCACACCAUGGGCAAGGACACUUCCUCCUGGAUCGGCUGGCCCUACCCAACCUGGAACACCCCCAUGGAUGGGCAUUGCAUGGGAUUGGAACUGGAAAAUCUUGGAGUACCGUGUACACAAAGCUUUUUGUGAUUCUGCUUGCU